CGUCUUCCAGUAUCGGAACAGAUGUGUCCCUUUUUAUUGUGUAACUCUUUUGUGGAUGUACACGUUUUUUCUGUUAUCACCCAAAGGCUUUUCGUCCAUACGGAUUUUAUGCAGUCCUGCUUUACCAUCAAAGGCAAUCCUGGAUCUUGAUGUCUCUGUAUGGAAAGGGUGAACUGCAGCCACUCUGCUGCUCAAAUUCCUCCUAAGCAUUGGCUUUUCAAGGGUUUAGUGUGAAUAUUGUUUUAAAAUGUUAAGUAUUUACAGCCAGUCCAGCACACAGAAUCACAACUGCUCAGGCUGUGACCUUGGCUUCAUGCUCCAGGCCGUGGUGAGAACCCAGAAUCAAGAGCCUGUCCCUUGGUACACUUCAUGGAGUGCUCACCUGCAGUUCUGCACAUUAUAUUUAUUGGGGUGUGCUGUAUCCAAGACUAUGGCAAUAAACCUGCCCAAGUGUUUAUGCUGGCUUGGGAGGUUUUUUUACUCCUGGCUUACGCCUUAAAUUGGAAUUUCAUUUUUACAUGGAUGUUUAUGCUUGCUUUGUCUUUUGUAUUUGUGAAAAUAAAUACAGAGCAAGUCAGUAUUAUUGGAGCAAUGUUAGUGCUUUAUCACCACAGGUGACUUACAUUUCAAAUAAAGGAGGAGAUAAUAGUUUGUGCUUGUUUCUGGGUCAGGAAAAGGAAAGGUAUGAACAGAGCUGCUCUUGGCCUGGGCACUUUGUGUCUCUAGUAGAAUGAGACUAGGGGGACCUUGAAGAGUUGCAAGAAGAUGUGGCAACAGCCUAGGAAAUGAGAAGUGCAGGGAGAGGAUGUUUGUGUCCUUUUGCAUCCUUUCUUGAAGAACAACUGUUUAAUUUGCAAAGCUUGAGACCAAGGACAGUGUGAAAGAGGGGAUUGUUCCUUGCCUGGGUGAAUGCAAAGAUGACAGAGAAGAAUUACAAAUCUCUAGCACAGGAGCUGCUUGAGCGGACAACCUAAUCUCGUCUCCCUGGAUAUCGAGUGCGGCUUAAAUGCUGAGGUGUGUGAACGAAGAGUUGACCAAAACCUUACAGGAUUCAUGAAUAAAAUUUUCCAUCCCAACAUUGACGAAGCGUCAGGAACUGUAUGUCUAGAUGUAAUCAAUCAAACUUGGACAGCUCUCUACGAUCUCACCAAUAUAUUUGAAUCGUUCCUGCCCCAGCUGCUGGCCUAUCCUAACCCUAUAGAUCCUUUAAAUGGUGACGCUGCAGCCAUGUACCUCCACCGACCAGAAGAGUACAAACAGAAAAUUAAAGAAUACAUUCAGAAAUAUGCAACAGAAGAAGCACUAAAAGAACAGGAAGAAGGCACCGGGGACAGCUCGUCUGAGAGCUCCAUGUCUGACUUCUCGGAAGAUGAGGCUCAGGAUAUGGAGUUGUAGUAGAAGAGGCAACCUGCUUUUCAGAGAGACUCUAAUUUCCUAACCAUGAGAAGCAGACUAUAAUAUUCAUAUUUAAACAAAGCAAUUUUUUUUAUUACUAAACAAGGUUUUUAUGAAUAAUAGCAUUGAUAUAUAUAUAUCACCCUUUAGAUCUUGAUUUUCUUGGUCAUUUCUCGAACCCGAGGUGCAUAGCAUAUUCCCACAUUCCAUUUUGGUAGCAAUAUGCAGCCCGAAUGCAUGCAUUCAAAUUCCAUUUGGCCAAGUCAACUUGUGUGCUACUGAACUGUCAGCUAAAACAGCUGCCCUGGUAGGUAGGGAGUUAGCAAAAUGAUGUUUGCUUUCUUAUUGAUGUUUCCAAAGACACCACCUUGGAUGCUAACAUGGAACAGCGUUUUCUCAAAGUAUAAAAUCUGGGGGAUGAUAUACUAACUGUGUAGAUCAGACAGUGGAAUAAAAGGUGCUCCUUCAGGUCAACCUUGCUGAUCGUAUUUUAUGUGGAGUCACAUUAAAAAAAAAAAAAAAAAAGGAAAGAAAAACAAACAAUACAAAUGCAUGGAGCUAUUCAGAGCAUUGAAGCUUAAAAAUUUUGACUUGGAUUUUAAGUCCGUUUUUAUAUGUGGACUCCUGCCUGCCCUUCUGAACUGUAGGGACUGACAACCACUGGUCUAUUUGCUUUUGGGACUUUUGAAAGCCUUCAUCUGGAUGUUACUCACUUUCUUGGUCUGGAUUACGAGCUGUUCCCUUUUCGGGAGGAAAAAAAAAAACACAAACCACAAACGAUGCUCUCUGAACAGUGCUUUGAUUUAGCUGGAGCACAUGUGAAGUCAAACUCUUACUUUGUCAUAGUUUUGAAACUGCUGCCCUUUAAUGGCUUCAAGUUUGCUUUUUUUUUUCUCUUGCUUGAAGUAUGGUUAAACACCUCACAAACACUCUCCAUCUCCUAAGAGGGUCCUCUGACCAGAUGGAUUAGCCUUGCCGAGAGCUUCAGAUCCACGAAGAUUGGCCCAUUGGCUGUAGUCCACGAAUCCAUCGGCACUGAUUUUAUUUUCCUUUUUUCCUCCCCCUUCUGCACCAGCUUGGUAGCCAUCUGCUUGUGUGUGUACAACAGGAUUAAAAUUUCUUAAAAGUUAACAAAGAAUAUGAUCUAGAAAAAUUUGAGAUGAAUAAAAAAGCCUAAAAGCACCAACUGAGGAAGCAAGUGAAUCUGCUCUGUUUUGUUUUGGGUUGUUUUGUUGUUUUUUUUUCCAGGAUGCUUCUGAAUUGAAAUGUUUGAUUUCUCCUGGUGUCUUUCAGCAAGCCGAGAUUUUUGUUUGUUUGUUUUAAAGCUAUGAAAUCUAAUACAGUAAAUGUCUACCUGGGAUGCCGGUAUACUUGAAUUUGGAUAAUUGUGCAUUGGAGAUUCAAACUAAGAUGGAUUUUUAAGGCUGAAUGUUACCUGCUGUAUUCUUUUGGGGUUUGGAGGGGUUUGGACAGGAUGUCUUAAUUUGUGGUGCAACCUACAGGACAGUGCAUGGAAAAAUCAACCCACCCUGAGCAACUCUCGAGCAGAGUUUUGAAUGUCAGACUGGUACAUUUGUCAUUUUCCCAGAAUUGUUUGUUUUCUUUUUUUCUUUAGAAAUGCCACCAAGUUUUGAGUCAUUGGGGUUGGAAGGUUACAAUCCUAUUUCUAAUUCAUAAAGCACAAUCAAUUUUUUUUUUUCUUUUGGAAAACAAAGAACAAACCUCGUAAAGUACCAUUUUGCUUUAGCAUGAUUUUCCUUAAUAAAAAUAUACAAAGAAUUUCCUUUAUGUUAAUUACGGGCAUGAAGCAAAGGUUUUUCCCUCUCCUUUUUCCCUUUUUAUUUUAAAGCAGUAAUGUUAGGGCUGUGGCUAGUGACUGUGCUGAAGUUCUCUAUCUAGCAUUUGUGGCUUGUCGGAAGGGUAAUAUUAACUAUUUAACAUGUAAUGGUGUACUUAACUCUUAUCUAGCACGCUGUUUUUCUCAUUACUUUGGGGAGGGAGGGGCCACGUUUUGCUGGCACUGUUUAACUUGCUUACCUGCUGACCUAGCAGUUUGCUUGUGCUAUAACCUUUACUGUAGGUGCUACUUAGGAGUAGAGUAAGUGCUGGGUGGUGAUAUCAGUUUAAAAGGUAAAAAAAAAAAAACACAAAAACGACAAAAAAAUCACAAUAAAAAUUUGUAUUUUUUCAAUAUUGUAUAAAAAUAGUGUUCUAAUUACCUCAUCCCCCUUCCUUUGCAGGUUUUUCUCCCCGUCACUCCAUCCCCUCACUCGGAUUUAGUGCAUCAAACCGCUCACACGUUCCCCCCUCGUUUUGUGAAACGCAUAUUCCGCUAAACAGGGCUUCCCCCAAAAAAUUACCGGUAAAGCCGCAGUUUGCCAGGGCCAGCUCCUGACCCGGGUACGAGGACGCAGCGGGACUCGCCGGGCUUGUCCAAGCUGUGCGGGCUGACGGCUCGAGGGGUCUAGAGCCGUGAAAACGCGUGUCCCCGGCUCUUCCCAACGCUCCUGAGCUGUGGUGAAACUCACCGCCCCGGCACAGGGGCUUGCCCUGUGCCCGGCGGCGGAGGAGAACCCGGCUGCCAAAAUGCUGCUUGUAAAAAUGUCUGUCCUGGAUGUAAGAUGCUUCCAGGGGAUGAGGUGGGCUGGGAUCCGCUCUGCGGGCCGGGAAUGCCUGCUCCUGCCCACCUUGCACCCCUCUGCUUCUUCCCCUCUAUCAUUUUUCACUUCUUUUUUUUUUCCAAAUCUUCCUCCUUCUCCCAAAAGAAACUUACCCCCCCACAAACAGUUUGUAAAUAAAACUACACCUACAUAGUCUGGAAGAAAAGGUGGAGCCAUAUUGAAGCAAGAUAGCUCUUAUUUUGGUCAUCUUGAGGGCGUUUUUUUCUUCUUCAAAAAAAACAGUGCUGUUGUCACCUUGUGCUCUGUCAGUGUGAUGGGACUUUCUCAGCCAGCCCGUGAUGGACCCCGGGUUGAUUUCCCCGCUACCAAAAUUUGCCACAGCCCCUUGGCGCUGUUUUGGAAACAACCUUUGGCUUCUAUUCCUGUAACCUCUCCUUUUGCCGUCGAGGUUUUUGCGUGACGUGAAAAACUGAGUUGCCGUGUCCCUCGAUGGUGACACUCGGGGCCGGUCGGUGACCCUCUGUGCCGAGUUUUUCCUGACCCACAGGUCGGUUUGGCGGAUGCAGAAGCGUGCCAGCGCGGGGACAGGCUGGAGCAGAGCUUUGCCAUCAGCCCGGUAUGGCACGGGCUUGUCCUCCUGCCUCCACCAUGUCCAUGGUUGAACCCCAAGCCACCUCUUUCUUCUUUACGUGUCUACCCAUCCCUUAACACGUGCCGGAGAGACGGGGCUCCCCUUCCCAUCCCCGCCUGGCGGGUGUUGUCCAUCAGCAGGGACCCUCCUCGCAGACCAUCGGGAAGGCUGGGAGGUGUUUGACAAUUUUUUCUUUUUGCUUUUUUUUUUUCUCAUCCAAGUUCUGCUGGCACUUUAGCAGGGGUGUUUGCAGCAUGAGAAAUGGCCAUGAUUUUACUGCCUGUGUGUGGUACCUGUCGUGUGAUACUUGAAGAGAUCAGGGGUGUCUUGCCCGUUGUUUGAGUCGGCUCUUUAUUAUUUUUUUUUUCCUCUUUUUCUUGCUUUGUUGAUGUAGUGGGCACAUCAGCCACCCUGACAUAAAUGCCUCCUCUCUAAGAGUAUAACCUCUCCAAUAGUUGUGUAUAAUUAAAGAACUGUAAACUUUUUUUAAAAUAAAAUAUGUAUAUACCUUGAA